CGCCUACUUUGAUCAAAGUACUUUGAUCGUGUCAACCCGCCUUCCUUCUCUCUAUACGUACUAUUCAGGGUACAUAAUUUCACUUUCACUUUAAGCUGAAGAUAUUUAUUACAAGUUUAAUAACAUACCGAAUCGUUAGAAAUAAGUGGUUUAUUAUCGAAAUAUAAGAUGGUACUAUUGUCUGCCAGCAACGCUUCACCGGAAGAAGAACAAGAGCCAUGGCAGACGAAAGUUAUUUCACUUGCUGACGGUAUUCGCCACAUAUGUGCAAAUGAAGAAUUUUACGAUGUUAUAUUUAAUGUUAGAGGUCAUAAAUUCAAGGGUCAUCGUCUUAUCCUAGCAGCUAUGAGUCCCAAAUUUAAAAAUAUGCUUCUCAAACCUGACUCUCCUAGUGAAUUCCAUGAUUCAAGUUCUAUAAUUGGAUUUCAAAUUUUAUGGAGAUUUAUUUACACUGAUGAAUUGGGAACUACAAAACAAAAUGAAAUACUGGAAGCUUAUCGAGUGGCUAAGGCUUUUGAGCAGUCACAACUAGUUGAAAAGUGUGAGGAAGUUAUUGGAUCUAUGGAAAUAUCUGUGGAAAAUGUUUCCUCUAUGCUCAAUCAAGUGCCUGAUAUUGAUUUGUUGAGAGAACGGUGUCUUCAGUUCAUCAGUCUGAACAAUGUUGAUGUGUUAAAUUCUGCUGAUUUUCUGAAGGCUACGCCUAAUACACUUCAAGAUAUUUUUAGGCACAAUUGUCUUGCCGAUGUUCCUAUUCUGACACUUCAGAGCAACAUCCUACGUUGGGGCUGCAAUCAGUUUCCUGAAAUGGAAGAUUAUAAGCUUGUAAGAGACCUUCUGAUGAAUAUAAGGGUCCUUGGAAAAUUGAAAAUACAUAAGUUAAAGGCGGAGGAUUUAGCUGAAUUAACGAUUCAAUAUCCCGAGCUCUUAACUUCAAAGGAAUAUCAAAAGUUCAACGUUCACGUUUUUAGGCCAGACUACCCUUUGCCUGAAUGGUGUGAUUUAAAUGAUUAAGAAAAUUUUUCUGACGAUUCACCUCAUUUUUGUUAGUUUUGAUAAAUAUUAGAUGUAGUGUAAUCUUUAUUAUAAUAGAUAUCUUGCCUGUGGAAUAUUUUUUUCUCUUUAUGUAAUUAAUUUCAUGUUUGUUCUUAUUUUAUGAUAAAAAUAUAUCAUGCUAUGUUACAGUUUGCUUGUACCAGUUAUUAUCAGGAUUAAUAAAAGAAUUUAAUAAAAAAUUAAAA